CUUGCGCGGGCGCGGGAAAAUUCUCUUGGCAGGCAGGCAGAUUUUAACAGAUAUUGAAUGGUAGGAGAGAAAUUCAUUGAUGAAUGAGAACAUUUUUAUCUAGAAAUAUGAAAAACGAAACAGUCGAGAUUGCCAAAACUUCUGAUGCAAGCUCUGUUCAGAAUGAAUUAAAACUUGUUGAUUCUGCUAAAGUCGAUGUCAGUGAAAAAAUGGAUUCUGACGAUUGUGGUUCAGAGAAAAAAUGUAGUGAUAAAGAGAAUGUAGAGGCAGAAGGCUCUGAUGAAGCUAUUGACCAAGAAGUUACUCAAAUUAAAAUAAGAAAAAAAUACUCUCCUAAAAAGAAAAAAGGUAGAUCCUUGGGUACUAGAGGUGAACUAAAGCAGCUCAGCAUACAAGAUGCUUUUGUUAAGACCUCCAAUCAACAGAAAAAAAGAAAAAACAGUGAAGGUACCUGUGAUGAUGGUUACAAUGAAACAAUCCAUAAAAAGGUGAAAAAAUCUGAAGAUAAUGUUAGUGUACUAGAAAGUGAGAAGAAAAAAUCUGAAAAAUGUCUUGAAUGUAAAUUGCCUACAAAGGACUUAGUUCUUUUCAAUGGGCUUUCAGGUGUUGAGGCAGCUGAUGAAUCUGUAAUUUUAACUGAUAGCAGGCUAUCAGUGCAUGAAGAAGGUAAUUAUGAUGACUGUGAUAUAUCAGAAAGGCCACAGUACACAAUCACAAGCUUUGCUGUCUACGACAAACAUAUGCACCUGGUCAGAUUUGAUACUGGUCUUAUUGAAAAGAAUAUUGAGCUGUUCUUUGCUGGUUUCAUUAAACCAAUUUAUGAUGAUGAUCCGAGUGAACAAAAUGGAAUACCUGGAGCUAAUUUAGGUCCAAUAGUUGAAUGGUGGGUAUCUGGAUUUGAUGGUGGUGAAAAAGCAUUAAUUGGUUUUGGAACAGCAUUUGCAGAAUAUGUCUUGUUGAGGCCCCAUGAAGAAUAUGAACAAUUCCUGAAUCCUAUACUGACAAAAAUCUAUUUAAGUAAAAUAGUUAUUGAACAAUUAAUUGAAAAUUGCGAGGCAUCGUAUGAGGAUCUUCUAAAUAAAAUUCAGACAACAGCACCAGCAUUGGGGCAUGGAGCGUACUCAGAAGAAACCUUAUUGCAAUAUGCAGAAUUUGUUGUUGAUCAAAUACAGAGUUAUGAUUCAGCUGCAGAAACUAUUGAUACAAUUCUAAUUACAGCACCUUGCAUUAGAACUUUGAUAAGUCUAGUUGGCAUUAAAAUUGGAGCUCAAAAAAAGAACAGAGUUCUAAAGCUGAAAUCUGUCAAACCACUAAAAGCCCCAACUUAUUCAUUGGCUACAACAACAAUUUUAGUCCAAAGAAUUUUUGAGAGUUUUUUCCCUGAUGAACUGGCCACAGAUGCAACUAAAGGGCAAAAUGCCCAAAGAAGAAAACGUUGUGGUGUUUGUGAGGCCUGCCAGCUCCCAGACUGUGGCCAAUGUACCUUUUGCCGUGACAUGAUAAAAUUUGGUGGCUCUGGUAGAAGUAAACAAGCUUGUCGUCAAAGACGAUGUCCUAACUUACAAAUACAAGAGGCUGAUGAAGAUGAUAUUUUGUUGGAUAACUUGGAGGAUGAAAUGGAUAAUAAAGCGCUGGCUUUUAAAAAGAGUUCAAGAGAAGCAUCUUCAAAACAUAAAAAGAAUCACAUUGUAUUUUCUGGAUCACCUUUGAAUGGAACUGAAGAAAAAUAUACUUAUUAUCCGAAGGCAUGCAUUAAUGAAAUAGAAAUUUCAGUAGAUGAUUAUGUUUUGGUUCGUCCUUCUGAUCCUGCUAUUCCUAUGUAUGUUGCUAAAGUUAUUUCUAUGUAUGAAAAACCUUCAUAUGAUACAAAAUAUUUUCAUGCUCUGUGGUUUAGUCGAGGAUCUGAAACUGUACUGGGUGAAACUUCCCAUCCACAAGAAAUAUUUGCAACCUUUGAAUGCAGCGAAGAAGAGAUUAAUGCAAUACAUAGUAAAUGUGAAGUAAUAUUUAAAGCCCCAAAUCCAUCUUGGUUUUCAAUUGGAGGAACUGAAGCUUCAAUUGAUGAUAUUUUAGUGAAUGCUGAUGAUGAAAAAAGUUUUUUUUACCAAAAAUUUUAUGAGAGUGAAUCCUGUCGUUUUGAAGAUCCUCCUGAUUUUAAUAAUAAAGAAGAAAAAUGCUGGAGCUGCUGGAAAAAUAACAUUCUUGAAAGGGAGCAGUGUGUGGAAUUGGAACCCUCUGGUGAAGAAGAAGAUAAAGUUAUGCUUAUUAAAUCAGCUGUUUGGCUUGGAGAUUGUUUGCGACCUGGAGACUGUGUUUAUGUUGAUCCUGAAGUAUACAGCUAUAAAUUCCAGAAAAACAUGACUGAGAUAUCCAAAGGACGAGAAAUAGCUGCUAAAUAUGAUGAAAAUGAGUAUCCAGAGCUUUAUCGGAAGAAAAAUGAUUAUGUAAAAGGUUCCAACGUUGAUGUUCCUGAACCCCUGAAGAUAGCAUAUAUUGUCAAGAUUACACAGUCAAAACAUAAAUCUGCAAAGCCUGAGUUGUUGGUAAAAUUCUUCUAUAGACCUGAAUACACUAACAAAUCAGCUGACUCGGUUAUUCAGAGUGACUUGAAUUUGCUGUAUUGGAGCGAUGAAGAAGCAACUAUUGAAUUCACAAGCAUUAAAGGUAAAUGCACUGUUGUAUUUUCUGAGAACUUAACUUCUACUCCUGAUGAAUUUACAAGUCAAGGACCUCACAGAUUUCAUUUUUCACAGAGUUUUAGUGCUUCAACAAAAUCUUUCGAAGAUCCUCCAACAGUUGCGCAAAGAUUAGGAAGGAUUGGAAAGGGUAAAGCAAAAGGUAAAGGAAGUAAAAAUAAUACAUCUGAAACCCCUCAAAGUGCUCCUUUGACAUACCCAGAAAUCACUGAAAAGCUGAAAUGUUUAGAUGUGUUCGCUGGUUGCGGUGGUUUGUCAGAAGGUUUUCAUCAAUCUGGUGCUGCUGAAACACAUUGGGCUAUUGAAAAAGAUGAAGCUGCUGCUCAAGCUUUCCGUCUUAAUAAUCCACAUGCUUUGGUGUUUAAUGAAGACUGUAACCACCUGUUGCGUCUUGUUAUGAAUGGUACUAAAAAUCACAAAGGGCAAGAUUUACCUCAGAAAGGAGAUGUACAGUUGCUUUGUGGUGGACCACCGUGCCAAGGUUUCAGUGGCAUGAACAGAUUUAAUUCUCGACAGUAUUCAUUGUUUAAAAAUUCUCUAAUUGUGUCGUAUCUCAGUUAUUGUGAUUAUUAUCGUCCACGAUUUUUUUUGCUGGAAAAUGUUCGAAACUUUGUUUCUUUCAAGAGAAGCAUGGUUCUGAAAUUGACUCUUUGUGCAUUAAUUCGCAUGGGCUACCAAUGUACAUUUGCAGUUUUACAGGCAGGUAAUUAUGGGGUACCACAAACAAGAAGAAGGGCUAUCAUCUUGGCAGCUGCACCUGGUGAAAAACUACCAUCCUUCCCAGAACCUAGUCAUGUGUUUUCAAUGCGUGCUUGUCAACGCUCUGUUGUUGUUGAUGACAAGAAGUACACUCCAGAUUUCAAGUUUAAGGUAGCGGCUCCAUAUCGUACAAUCACUGUGAAGGAUGCUUUGAGUGAUUUACCAGAAAUAAAGAAUGGUCACAAAGUUGUAGAAAUGUCUCAUACAGAAGAUGCAAAAACACACUACCAGAAAAAGAUUCGAGGGAAUUCAAGCCAAACAUUGCGAGAUCAUGUAUGCAAAGAAAUGAAUCCUUUAGUUGAAGCCCGUAUGCAACACAUACCAAAGGAACCAGGCUCAGAUUGGAGAGACUUACCAAACAUAAUUGUUACUCUAAGUGACGGUACUAAAACUAAAAAAUUGGAAUACAAGUACCAUGACAUUAAAAACGGAAAAGCUAAGAAUGGUAAUCUUCGUGGAGUGUGUGCAUGUGCAGAGAAAAAGCCUUGUGAUUCUGCAGAUCGCCAGUUCAAUACCUUAAUCCCGUGGUGCUUACCUCAUACAGGAAACAGGCAUAAUGAUUGGGCAGGCCUUUAUGGUCGCCUUGAAUGGCAUGGAUUUUUUAGCACUACCAUAACCAAUCCUGAGCCUAUGGGAAAACAAGGUCGGGUCUUGCAUCCAGAGCAGAAUAGAGUUGUCAGCGUUAGAGAAUGUGCUCGUUCUCAAGGAUUUCCAGAUUAUUACAAAUUUUUUGGUAGCAUUCUCGAUAAGUAUAGAGAGGUUGGUAAUGCAGUUCCUCCACCCCUGGCAGCUGCAAUUGGGAUGGAAAUCAAGAAAUGUCUUGAGUGGAAAGAAAAGAAUUUAUCAAAUGGACGUUGAAUGAAAAAGUUAAGAGGAAAAUUUAUCAAAUGGACAGUGAAUAUUAAAGUUAAGACAGAAAUCAGUCUCCUUAAAGAAUUGAGCUUAUCAUUUAGACAAAUGUAAAAUUUUUACUGUUUUAAACUUUUAACUUAUACCUUUUUUUUAACAGUUUUUAUUUGUAUUUUCUUAAAAAAAUGUAUUUUACCCCAUAAUAUUUUAUGA